AGAAAUUGGAGAUGCAAGUUUGUCGUUCUAAGCAUACAAAAGCAGACGUAAACGAUUUCAAAACUCGCUGAGUUCUUUCACAAGCGUCACUGCCAACAGAAAGCACAACAUAGUGUGAACUUUUCGGUGUUUAUCGUGUUAACUUCUUGAAAAGAUUUAUAAAAUGAGUGCUGUAGCCCAAGUUAAGAAGCGUAUGGCUGAGAUGCGUGACGGCAUCGAUGACGCCGAAGAACGUGCGAAAGACCUUGAGUUACAAAAACGCGAAGCUGAGGCGCGUUGUUUGACAGCUGAGGGCGAGGUGUCCUCACUGAAAAAUCGUGUUUUCCAGUUGCAAACGGAGAUUGAGCGCAUCGAACAAUUAAAGUCAGAUGUGAGUGCAAAGCUAGACGCUGCAAACGAGCGUAUCCUUGAAAAUGACAAUGUACGUAAAGACUUGGAAGGGAGAGAGACAGAUAACGACCAAGAUUUGGUCAUGUUUGAGCAAAGCACAAAAGAUACCAAGGUUUUGCUCACGGAAAACACCCAAAAACAUGACGACGCCUUGAAUAAGUUGAAGGUACUCGAAGGAGAUCUUGGUAGAGUCUAUGAACGUCUCACUGGUGCCCAGAAGAAAGUUGAGAAACUCGAGAACGAAGCAGAACAGGUUAGCACUGAUCUUAAAGAUCUUGAAUCGAGAGAUGAAGAAGCCAGCCAGCGUGAAAUGACAUUAGAAGACCAAGUGAGGUAUCUCGAGGCCCAAGUCAAGGAAACCGACCAGAGAGCGGAUCACGCCGAACGUAUGGCGACGACUCUUGAAGUGCUGCGAGACAGUCUGGGUGGAGGUAUCGAACUUGAACAAAAGAAGACUGCGGCGAUCAAGGAUGAGCUUGAAGCAACGAUGAAUGAGUUACUUGACAUGACUCCUGAUCCUGUAGAAGGUAACGAAUGAAGUGCAAAAGCCAUAAGAGAGACUUUCAGACGUUUUUAAAUAUUACCUAAAAUAGAACAUUUUAUAUCGAGAAUAUUGAAUUUUAUCUUUUGAUCAAACAAUGUUUAUUGUUGUUGAGAAUACAAGUUAUCAAGUCAAUUGUUCCAACUUAAA